AAACAUCAUUACAAAACAUAAUUUCAAGAUUCCAAAAGAGAAACAAGAAGAAGAACAAGAAGAACAAGCAAAAGUGAAUCAUUUGAAAAACAAAAUGGAAAACUACGAGGCUAACGGUCUGAAUCUCAAGGCAACCGAGCUCAGAUUAGGUUUGCCCGGAACAGGCAACGAACAACAACAACAAGAUCAGUACUCUUCGUCGUCGUCGUCUCAUCAACAGAAUGUGAAGAACAACUACAACAACAACAACAAGAGAUCUUCAUCUGAGAUAGCUAGUUCAUGCGAUGAUGAACAACAACAACAACACGACGACGGCGCCCCACUUGCCAAGGCGCAAGUGGUUGGGUGGCCUCCGGUGAGAUCUUACAGGAAAAACGUGUUGGAGAAGAAAAACCCUGAGUCCAGUAUGUUUUUGAAAGUGAGCAUGGAUGGAGCGCCGUAUCUGAGGAAGAUAGAUCUCAAGUUCUACAACAACUACUUUGAUCUUCUUAAGGGAUUGGAGAACAUGUUCAAGUGCACGAUCGGUGUCUACUCGGAGAGAGAAGGGUAUAAUGGAUCGGAGCAUGUACCGACGUACGAAGACAAAGACGGAGAUUGGAUGCUUGUGGGAGACGUACCGUGGGAUAUGUUUGUCACUUCUUGCAAGAGGCUCAGGAUCAUGAAAGCCUCCGAAGCUAAAGGCUUGGUCUCCCCUUUGUAGGCGAAACCAAAACAAAGAUCUGCGCUCUUGCAUAUGUUUUUGUGUACAAAUUGAUCAAGACUCGAUGUUUUCUUUCUCGAUCGGUUUCUUUUUUUUCUUUUUUUUUUUUUUUUUUGUAUUUACAGCGAGUAAAAUAAGUACAUAGUUUGAAUAUGAUACAAUACACAAGUUAAUCAAAGUUCGUUCAAUGCGAUUUCUUGAUUGAAGUA